AUGAAGACCCUCACCCUCUGCGCGGCCCUGACCGCCCCAGCCGUAGCGCAAAUCUCCAACCCCUCCGCAACCCCCGCCUCCGUCUCCGGCUGCGCAGCGGUCGUCUCCACCACGGCAGUCUGCACCACCUGUGUGACAGCAGCGUGCGUGGUGCAAGCGACGGUGACGGCGGGCUGCGGCGAUUGUGACGCGAACCCCCCGACGGUUUACCGCGGGUUUCCGUGUGAAGAGGGAUGUGGGAAUAUUGGGUGCGAGACGAAGUAUAAAGUGGUCACGGCCAGUGAUGGAGUUUGCGGCGCGACAACACCCGGCCCGGGCGCGACUCCGACUGGUGAGCCGACCGGCCCGUCGAGCUCAUCGAGUACCGCUGGUGCAGCGCGGAUGCGGCCGUUUCGCUUGUGGUAG